UUUUCGUUUAACACGUAGUCUAGUCCACCCACCGCUCACACACACAGACACACACUUAACCGACGAGCGUCUGAACUAUUGCGCCUUGGCUCGCCAAUUCACCAGCAACAUCUCUGUCCUACACACACACACACACACACACACGUGUCCGCGCGCGCGCUCGGUAUUUACUGCUUUUAGAAUAAAGUACAGACGGGAAAGAAAAAAAUCACCAGCGGAGAAGUUCAACUUUGUUUUUCACCGUGGGACAAUGUUCUUCUGAGGAUAUUUAUAUAUUUUCAGAAACAACAACAGGAACUCUUUGUGUGUGUGUAUGUACAGAUACACAUUUAUUGAGCUGAAAGUAUAAUUGCAGAAGGCUCGAGAUCUUUAACGCGUUAUUUGUCCAUUUGGAGACGAUGGAGCGGAUUACGAGCGCACAGCCUCCUCCAUGUUUGGCUAAACAGAACCCGAUGGACAUGGCUGCCAUUUCGGGCAUGGAUUUCCCCAUGUACGUCUACAAAUCCCGCAGAGGUGUGAAACGAGGCGAGGACAGCAAGGACACGUACAAGCUGCCGCAUCGUCUGAUCGAGAAGAAGAGACGAGACAGAAUCAACGAGUGCAUCGCCCAGCUGAAGGACCUGCUCCCGGAGCACCUGAAACUCUCCACCCUGGGCCAUUUGGAAAAGGCCGUGGUGCUGGAGCUGACGCUGAAGCACGUGAAAGCCCUGAACAGCCUGCUGGAACAGCAGCAGCAGCAAAUCAUAUCUCUGCAGAAUGGAAUGCAGAUCGGUGAUCACACCAACGGGAGCUUGGAGAAGAGCGAGGAGAUGUUCCGAUCCGGUUUCCAUUUGUGUGCCAAGGAGGUUCUGCAGUACAUGGCUAGUCAAGAGAACGCACGUGACCUGACUCCUACGCACAUCAUUAACCAUCUGCACAAGGUGGCGUCGGAGCUGCCGCAGCGGCCGAUCAGCCCGCGAUCCGACUCUCCUUCCCCUGCCUACAAAGGCCACACGGUCCGCGAGAAGCCCAUGGUGGCGCCGGUUAGAAAGCCAGAAGGACACACCAAAAACUGCGUCCCUGUGAUUCAGAGGACAUACCCACAUAGCAGUGAGCAGAGUGGCAGCGACACGGACACGGACAGCGGCUACGGCGGCGAGUUGGACAAAGACAAGCGUGACUCCGGUGGCCAGCGAGCGAGCUACUACAUCAAAGAGGGUGCUGAACUGAAAUACGGCAUCAAGGAGGAAUGGGAUGAGCCGCAGGCCAAACGGCAAAGGUCAGACUCCUCAGAGGACGAGUCUCUGUUGGGUCGCAGCGGGUACGCAGGCUUCUCUGCCCACCAGCCCCCUCUCUGCAUGCCCUUCUACCUUCUCCCUCCAGUGUCAGCGGCUGCUGCCGCUGCUGCCUACCUCCCAGUGUUGGAGAAAUGCUGGUACCCAGGGGGCAUGCCCAUGCUGUACCCCGGCAUCGGCGGUUCCACGCCGUGCUUGUCUCCGGAGAAACUCCCCAUGUCGCUUGUCUUGUCCCCCAGAGUAGCGUCCCCCACCACUUCUCACGCUCAUACAGACUCUACAGUUCUGCACCAGGCCCUAAAACAUGUGCCCCCCUUAAAUCUGGAAACCAAAGACUGAUAACCACACGGAGUCCCCCUUCAUCCCCCCAACAUCCAUCCUCGAAAUGCCAAGAGAGGAGGAUACGCUGAUGAAGAUCAUAAUCGUGCCGGCUCCUGCUCUGCUCCCCUGCGCUGCCCCGCCCUUCCCCAGUGCUAUUUAAAAAUAAAAUAAAUAAAUAUUUAAAAAAUCACACACGCACACCAGCCCAGUGACCACCUCCCUCCACAAGAGAGGUAGACGACGGGAGAAUGUGUCCGAGUUGUGUGUAAUCGGGUGCACGCUGGCCAUGUUUGAGGGUGCGGCUUGGAGACGAGGAAUGGGGUGUAGCACUUAAGAGUCACUGUGAAGAUGAUCAAUGACACCGAGUUGUCUAGUAUCAGGAAGGAUUGCUCAGCGGGGACGUCUGCUCUCUGCGCUCAUGCUGAAUGUUUCAAUAAACAAACAAACACAACCUAAAUCCAGAAUGUGACGUGCAGACUGCCCCUAACAGAUAAACCAUAAGGACUCUGCCCUUUGCACAGAUCUUUUAAGUUCUGAAUGUAAACCAGAAACAAAAAGGUUGGCUAGCGAAACCCUUGUAGAUGCUGCCUUUUUCCUUUUCUUCUGACAUUUCUCAGUGCUGCCGAGCAAGGCUUCGCACUGUCUGGACUCUCCGGCUGCUUUAAAUAAAGACUCUUUUUUAGCCUAGACUCCUACCAAAUAACGGUCUGCUUUAGUCGACCAGAGCUUUUCUCAAAAUGAGACAACGGCGACAGCCUCAUCGCUCCCCAUCGCUAAGUUAAGUCACCAGUUUCCCCAUACUCACGCCGGCGAGCCGAUCAGCCCCGGCCUGGGUCGAUUAUGUACAGUAAAUAAGGGAGUAAUGUAAUCGCAGAUUAUACUUUUUUUUUUUUUUUUUUUAUUGAAAGAUUUUCAGUAUGUAAUUCAUUAUCAUUUGUGCUAGUAGACUGGGUACUGUAAUUACAUCAUGUAAUUCAUGUGUUUAUACAACGUUGUCUCUAUUUUAUUUUUUAUUACACGAGCCACAGUUUUUUUUUUUUUUUUUUAUUUAGCUCUGAUUGAGAGGGGAGUUCCAGGUAAUCAUGAGACUUUAUGUACAUAAGAAAACUGUGGGGGUUGUAUCUGCAUCAUGCUCUGUGUCCAUUUCUGGUCAAAUUAAGACAGAUCUUUGCUAAUGCUGUUGCCUUUACUUGUUUGAAACAGUACAAUUUUGACCGAUAUGUAAUAAAAAAUUAAAAAAAAUUAAAAAAAAA